CAGCCAAAUCAUUCACAUUCAGAAUAUCGUCCCUUCCAAACCCAUUUGGGUCGAAUGACGCCUCUCAUCUAUUCUCUGCAUCUCAUCGUCUGCUUGGAUCCCAUUUUAGCGCCAUCGUACUCUCCUCUCAACUCUUUCCCCGCCAUCAUUACACCCCUCGAGGAUGACCGAUGACAAUGACUCUUCCGAGGAUGAAAGAACCGAGGAAAUCUCCUCCAUUCGAUCUAUUUUUCCCGAGAUUGUCAUCGAUCCUUCCCAGCCAUAUAAACUAUCUCUCGAUCUGUCGGUAACACCACUUCAGCCGUUGACCGUCUUCUUCAAGCCUCCGACCGAGACCACGCCACCCGCCCUCCCUCAACUCCCCCAAGUCCUACGUGACCAGCCUGCAGUCCAAGAUGAGUCGCACCAGAUUUCUCACUUGCCGCCUCUCUCCCUCCUCAUCACAUUACCCGAAGGCUAUCCUGCCACCAAACCCCCUUUCGUGUCUAUCUCCUGCCAAUCCAAAUGGCUUCCUCAACAAGUCCUGGAUAGGCUAAUCAAGGAUUGCGAAAACAAAUGGGAAGAAUACGGACAACAACCCGUCGUUUUUGCUCUCAUUGCCGAUCUGAAAACCGAAUCGGAAGAUGCAUUCGGCCUCGCUGGAACCAAACUCCACUUGUGCAGCGAUCUUCAACUCGCCCUCCUCGACUUCGAUCUUAAGGCCAAGCGUGAGGAAUUUGAGAAAGAGACAUUCGACUGCGGAAUUUGCCUCGAACCCAAAAAGGGCACAUCUUGUCACAAGAUGCUGACCUGCGGUCACGUCUUCUGCGUUUCUUGUCUGCAAGACUUCUACAAUUCAUGUAUCACCGAAGGUGACGUCGACAGCGUCAAGUGUCUAUCCCCGGAUUGUGGCAAAGACGACCCAAACACUCAACAGCGAAAGAGAAGUAGGAAACAGGACCGAGGUCUCAACCCUAGUGAGUUGCUGCAAAUCCCACUCGAGCAAGAAGUGGUUCAACGCUACGUCUAUCUCAAGCGCAAGAAACGCCUCGAAGCCGACAAGAACACCAUCUACUGUCCUCGCGAGUGGUGUCAAGGUGCUGCCAAGUCAAAGAGACAUCCAAAACCUUCCGACCCAAUGAAGGAAGAAGAUUUCUCUGACGAAUCCGACGACGAAGGCCCUGACCCGACAAAGGUUUCCAGUGAACCGCUCGACCUCGAAGCCCUGCCCAUGUCUCAGCGCCUGUCCGUCUGUGAAGACUGUGACUUUGCCUUUUGCUGUGUCUGUCGCAAAGGCUGGCAUGGCGAACUUGCGCGUUGCUCUCCUCGUCGCCAGAAGGAGAUCACCGAAGAAGAAGCUGCAUCAUUGGCCUAUCUCAACAAAUACUCGACCCCCUGUCCCACGUGCAAUGUUCGCGCACAAAAGAUCCUGGGCUGCAAUCACAUGAAAUGCUUCCAAUGUGGAACCCAUUUCUGUUACCUCUGUUCCGCCUUUCUGAUGCCGGCCAAUCCGUACGCUCAUUUCAAUGACGUCGCCAGUUCUUGCUACCAGCGUCUUUGGGUUCUUGAGGCCGGCGAUGGUGAAGGUGUCGACGUCAACGCACAUUUCAACCCGGACGAACUGGCUGCGGAGUUGGCAGUGGAGGCCGCUGCAGCCGAAGCCGACGCUCACCAGGAAGCCCCAGCGCCCAAUGCGCCCCCUGUCCCUGAAGUGCAGGCUCCAGCCGAUCUACUCCUAGAAGAAGACGACACUUCGGACGAGGAGCCUGCUCCCGAUGUUCGACGCCACGAACGAAACAUGCACAUUGAAUUUGUCAACUUUGCAGGUCCCCAUGGUCAGAAUGCCCAACGAGUCAUGCUUCCUGAGCGACCACGACCUGCUGGUGCUGAUGCAGUUGCACCACUCGGACCUGGUCCACCUCCUCCACCUGCUCCAAACCCACCAGCUCCUCGUCGCCGCCGUAGGAGAGGUGCUGCACAGCAGAGAAAUCGCAAUGCUGGUCCUGAUAUCAAUCAUGCACAUGCAGGUAGAAACAAUCAUCCUCCAGCCGGUGUCUUAGGUCGAAAUGGAAACAAUGGCCCCAAUCAUGCUCGUGGUGCCCAUGCAGAUGGACCACGGCACAUCAACGGCGAAGUCAACGCCGCGGCCGUGCAACGAGGAAACCCAACACCUGAAGCACCUGAGCCAGCAGCACCAGGCCAUCAGAUGGCUGGAAUGCCUCUCGAGCUGAGGCCCUUCAAUGCUCAAGCAUUGGAGAACUUCUUGCGUCUGGCGGAGGCCGACCAAGAAGACGAAUGGGACAGCGAUGAGUUGGACGAUGACCACUUUGGCGACAUCGACCAUGACCCGUUGCCAUUAGAGCCCGCUGCCCGGCGACGAAGAUGGUAAUGUGUGAAAUUUGUCGACUUCAUUAUCCGGACAUAUCCAUCACGUGGUUGGUGGUGGGUUCGGGGCGGGCGUCAUGCACGCCGAUUGACCUUCACAUCGAAAUUGCGGCGGGUGACAAUCAUACCGGUGCUUAGGCAUAUUGAUGCUGGGGCGGGUGACAUGCUGCAUACGGAUGUUCAUAUCGAUGCUGGGGGCGGGUGACAGUCAUACCGGUGAACAGUACAUAUUGUUUCAUGAGCUUCGGCAUGAACAUUCCCAUGUUUGCUUUCGAUACACAUGUUGCAAAUACCUACCUAUAGGUAUGGUGCAUUCGCUUGGCUAGGCGCCAGAAAAUGCCACCGAAAAUGAGAUGUGCAGUCACCUCGAUGACAUGCAUACCGGAUCACGUUUGGACAACGGUUAUGCAACGUGUGAUUGAUGAUUAACACGACAUGAGACCUAAUGAUGAAGAAUUGCCACAGCUUUGUGAGUUGCAUAUCACAGCUCAAGUAGCAAUCAUGGCAUAGCAUUGCACAACAUAGCAUAGCAUAGCAUAGCGUGGAGAGCGUGGAGCGGAAUUCUUCCUGCACUAUUGAAUCAAAUUCCCAAUUAAGUACC